UAGGUAACCAAUUUGUUAAAGUGACAAAUGGUUUUGAAUAUGUUUUGAAUAAAAUCAAAUUGCAUUGAUAGAAUUUUACAGUUAAUAUUAAAAAGGUCAACUUUCUAUUUGUAUUCUUUUUGACCAUUUUGAAUUAAUUUAUCAUGUCUAUCGUAAAGAUAGUUCACCACGACGAAGUGAUCUACACAAUAUUGGACAAACCUCCCCCAGAACCACCAAAGACCCCAAGGUACGAAUCGGAAUUGGAAAAACAACUUAAAGAAAUGAAGAUACCGCAGUUACGGCAGACUUUCGGUUAUGCAGAAACCCCAGUGAAACCACCGGACCAGUUUUUAAAGAAAGGCGAAGGUAUUGGCCAACCAAUUAAAAAGUCUGAGCACAAAUGCGUUGUAUCCGGCAAUCUGCCUCCAGUACCGAAACGCCUUCCUCCUGGAAAAAAAUCUGAAAAACCUAAAGUUAACUUCAGAGUCGUUAAUAUCAAAAAGGCAAUAAAGACAAAGCCAAAACCUAUAAAUCCAAGGUUGGUAGAUACUCGAGAUGGGCAUAUAAAAAGAAUAAAAGGUUCAGGGGAAGUUCCAGAAUUUUGUUUAAGAAAGGACUUUGGACAAAUGCCUGCAUAUCUAAUUAAAAGAAACAGACGAAUACAAAAGGAGCUGGAUAAAAUUAGACACGCGGAAGAGAACAAGGAGAGCUUGUGCAAGCUUAUUAGUGAACAAGAAAGGCAGGCACUUCUUAAAGACUUAAAAUACAAUUGGCAGCUGUUGCAGAAAGCCUUCCUACAGCUUCCAAUAUUAACAGACACUAUCCCGAAGAUACAUCGAAAGACGAAGAUGGAACAGGAGUUAAAACUACUGGAAAAAGACAUAGCCUUAGUAGAAUCUAAUCCUUAUAUUUAUAUCUACGAAUCUUAAUUGGUUGUAAAACGUGUGCCUAGUUUUUCAUCAUCUCAAUUAGGUGAGUUUACAGAAAUACUGAAUCUUAAAGUUGCCUUCAAACUACUAUAUAUUAUAUUUCCGUAGUUUGAAGGCAACUUAAAGGUUUAAACCCCAUGGUGUUCGACCAAAAGUGCAAAAUGUUUUAAAUGGCAAAACAACGCGCACGAACAAGGCUUUCUUUAACAAUAUUAACAGUACGAUAUACCUACCUACCUAAAUUAAAUGGAGCUUUGUGGUGGAAAUAUACUUAGUUGCGAAUUA